AUGGCUGCUAUCUCGUUCACCACGUUCCGCGAGACAUACGCCCCUGCAAUUCUUAAGAAACGUGCUAAGAAAUUGCGCAAAGAGACAGGUCAGCCAUAUUACACCUACGCUGAGCGCACGCAAGAGGGACAUACUUUGAGAAAGAUCCUUACCCAAGCUAUGACCCGUCCCCUUCGUCUUUUAACCUUCCAUCCCAUCAUCCAAGUCGCUGCUGUCAUCUCCGCCAUUGGCUAUGGUCUUUUGUACAUCGUUCUUUCAAGUUUCGCAGAGAUUUGGACACAGCAAUAUGGACAAUCGGUUGAGAUAAGUGGCCUCCACUACAUCUCAUGUGCAUUGGGUGAACUAGCAGCGUCACAAAUCGGCGCGCCAUUGAUGGACUACUGGUUCCGCAGAACUGAGCGUCGCAAUGGCCAGCAUCUACCAGAGAACAGAGUACCACUGAUGGCGAUGGGUGCUUUCAUCGCGCCAAUUGGCUUCAUCGUCUAUGGCUGGUGCGCUGAGUUCAGAGUUCACUGGGCAUGGGUUGAUGUAGCCAUGUUCAUUACCUGUUUCGGUAUGCAGAUCUCUGGCAUGCCGUUACAAGCGUACUUGAUCGAUGCUUAUCCGGAUCAUACUUCAAGUGCUAUCGCGGCGGAGCAGUUUCCCCGUAGUCUGGCUGCUUUCUUGUUCCCGCUGUUUACACCAAAGAUGUAUGCUGCGCUUGGAUAUGGAUGGGGGAACAGUGCUAUGGCGUUUGCCGAGUUGGCGCUCGAGUUGGCUGCGCCGUUGUUGCUGUGGAAGGUUGGGGCUAGCCUGCGUGCGAGGGCAACGUCGAGUCUAUAG